AGGACUCGAGAGUAAUUCUAAUUAGUGAUUGAAGACAUGGGAUCAUCUUGUGCUUUAUUCACUCUCUUCUCAUUGGUCCUGCUUGUUGCUAGCAGUGUUGAUUCAAGAACAGACCAAGGAGAAUACUGGCAAGUCAUCAUGAAAGAUCAGCCCAUGCCGGAAGCAAUUGAAGGCCUCAUCAUCCACCGGGGCUCGGUGUCGUCACCUCUCUCUGACAAGAAAAUCGACUGUCACACGACAACAGAAGCAGCAGCAAACAAUAAUCAACUUGUCAAUGAUUCUGCAGAGAAGAAGGCUUUCGUAAAAGACUUUGAGCCAAGGCUAUACCAUGACAAUGAAGUGGAUCUGAAAGGCCUGUCAUUUGUUAAAGAUUUGUUAACCACUACAACUACAAACCAGUACACCACGCAAACAUACAACAUUUGCUUCUUAAUUAUUUAGAUUCAACCAUAUAUAUAGAUAUAUGUCACAUAAUCCACUUCUACGUUCCUAUGCAUGCUUGUGAUUGUCCUUCAAUGUUCAUAAGUACUAACAAAUGACUUGCCUUUCAGAUUAACUUCAUUGUCAUGGCUUAGCCUUGGCUCAAAGCCUUUCACGAAAGCCUUCUUCUCUGCAGAAUCAUUGACAAGUUGAUUGUUGUUUGCUACUACUUCUGUUGUCGUGUGACAGUCGAUUUUCUUGUCGGAGAGAGGUGACGACACCAAGCCUUGGUGGCUGAUGAGGCCUUCAAUUGCUUCCGGCAUGGGCUGAUCUUUCAUGAUGACUUGCCAGUAUUCUCUUUGGUCUGUUCUUGCAUCAACACUGCUAGCAAAUGGCUGCUCAAUAAAGAGACACACAAAGAGUUACAACUUAUUUGAAUUUUGUAAUCAAAAUGCUAAUUUUUUUUUAUCAAUACUCAAAAUUGUAUCAGGCCUAAUGAGAUCUUUAUGAAGUUUGGGAUGCGAAGUUCAAAUUAUUUAGAUUUCAAAGGGGCUAAAAUAUAUAAGAUUAUAUAGUGUUGAUAAUUCUUAAACCCCUAUGGGUUUGGAGGUUUAUAUUCAGAUUAAUGCACAAUUAUUCAACAAAACCAACCCUUCAAACCCAAAAAGUGAAAUUUCACACUAUUCAAACUGUGAAAUUUUAUAGUUUUGAAAAUUUCAAUUUUAAAAUUGUGAUAUUCUAUAAUGGAUUUGUACACAGACACAUGAUUCUAAUCUCAGGGAUGGACUUAUAUAAUUGAAAAAUAUUUUUAACUAAUACUAAUACAAUAUGGGUGGUUUUCGAAGCCUAGAAAGCUGGUUGCUACCAAGCGUCCCUUUGGUCCAUCCUAUAUAUUAUAUACUACUUUGCCCUGGGGGAAUGCUUAUCCUUACCAGGACCAAUGAGAAGAAAGUGAAGAAAGCACAAUAUGAUCCCAUGUCUUCAAUCACUAAUUAGAAUUACUUUUGUGUCCUUCUCGAUUCUGCAUGGUGGCUUUAUGAUCACUUGCUAUUUAUAGAGAUUGAUUAAAAAAAAAAAACCAUAAGCUAUGUCUGAAGCACAAACACAGAUACGGAUGCGGUGCUUUAAAAAAAAAUGGAGACACAUCGGGGUACACAGCAAAUUAUAAUUAUUUUUAUUAUAUAUAUAUUUGCUAUUUAAAUUAGUACUAUGUUACCAAAUAAUCAAAAUUAAU